GUAAAUCCAAUCUACUCAAUAAUUCUUUUUGGCAUCUUCAAUCGCGUCUGCAAAACAGAGUUGGAACCCUAAUCAAUCUGCUUAAGCGCAAUUCUCUUCAUCACUUAGAACCCUAAUUACGCUCUCGAGUAGUCCUUUUCUGAGAGGUAGGAUGAUUAGAUUGUUGAAAGUAAAACAACAACAAAAAGCUAAUGAAAAUGCAGGCAGAAAUGGUCCUGUUAACAGGCAGACUGCUGGAGGGCUGCGUUUGCACAGAGACAUCAGUGAGCUGAACCUACCUAGAUCUUGUCCAAUUUCUUUUCCCAAUGGGAGUGAUGAUCUGAUGAACUUUGAAAUCACCAUCAAACCAGAUGAAGGAUACUAUCUAGGUGGCAAAUUUUUAUUCUCUUUUCAAGUUUCUCCUUCGUAUCCACAUGAACCACCAAAAGUCAAGUGCAAGACAAAGGUAUACCAUCCGAAUAUCGAUUUGGAAGGGAAUGUUUGCCUCAAUAUACUCAGAGAAGAUUGGAAGCCUGUGCUCAACAUUAACACCAUUGUUUAUGGAUUGAUUCAUCUUUUCACGGAGCCCAAUCAUGAGGAUCCACUCAAUCAUGAGGCAGCUGCAGUCUUGAGAGACAACCCAAAGUUAUUCCAAUCAAAUGUGAGAAGGGCUCUAAAUGGCGGGUACGUGGACCAGACAUACUUUCAUAGAUGCACAUAGCACGGUGGCUCCAAGGUUGUGCAUUGGUUUCUUUCGUUAAAGAUGUGUGCUUGUUAGUUGUAAAUCAUGAUGCUACUACUGGUUAUGGUCAUCUGCGACUAACUGACUAUUGAUGUGUACAAUAGGUUGGCAUUGCUUGCCGGUUUAGACAAGUUUGAAGUUUGAACCCUAAGCUUCUAACUUUCAACUUGUUUGUCAUCAUUAUCCCAUUUCUUAAAAGGGUAAUACCCUAAAUUCGAGUUGGGUUGUGCUACAAGUACACAUAGGGUUGCAAAAAGACACUUGCAAACUUGACAUUGAGUAAGAUCAGUUGGGGAUAAUAAUGAUAAUGCGGGUCAAUUCAGAGUCAUGUA